AUGAAAAUUACUUCUCAAUUGGAAGUCUUGCGUAUUACUACACAUCAAGAUAUUGCUUAUCUUGAUGCUGAUCGAUGGGAACAAUUAAUCGUACAACACAUGCCUCAAUUGCGUAGAUUCGACUUUGAUCAUCAUCAUAAACUUCUGUAUAAUGAAUAUGAAUAUAAUUAUUUAAGUCUGUCAAUCAAUCGGUUUAAUUCACCAUUUUGGAUCAAACGACAAUGGAUAUUUGAACUUAAAACGACUCGUACAGUAUUCAUUUGUACAGUUCAUUCACGUAGAACAUGGUUCGAUCUUCCGAAACAUAUUCAAGUUACCACAAAUGAUAACUCCCUACAGACCAUUCAAUAUUCUUCUAAUAUUCAGUAUACUAUUGCAGACUCUUGCUCUGCUACAUGGUAUCAAUCCGUUAUUAAUAAAAUCAAUCCAAUUUUCUUUGCUGUUCGAUUUACUCGUUUACACAUUAAUUGUAAUGAAAUGUUUACUGGUACGUUUGUUAAACUUGUACAAUUAUUACCAAAUCUUCAGUCUUUGAAACUUUCAUCUUUUCCAUUUCUCCAACUAAGCUAUUUAUCUAAUGAAGAUAAACUAAAUCUUAAUUUAAUAUCAAUCAAAAACAAAAUUACAGAAGUGAGUUUCGAAGGCAUGAAUGAUUUUGAACAAGUUUAUUUCGUCAUUUUUCUUUGUACUCAUAUGCAAUAUCUCGAGGUGCGCUGUACAAAAUAUACAAAUCUUGAUAUACUUCUACGUUGUGUUUUAAUCAAAAAUUGUACACUCACUCCUUAUCUUCGCUCAUUAAACUUCUAUGUUCCUAAUGCAAGUGAAGCAUUAGUUUACAAAUUACAAACACUUAUUUAUCAUGAGAAAUUGCUUAAUGAUUAUACAAUUAAACGCUGUGGUAAAAACAUUUAUUUACAAUGGAGAUAA